AAAAUACAUUCAAUUUUCAUGCGCGAAGUAGAAAAUUGUGUUUGAAGGAAUCAAAUUCUGCAGUUUUUACAAAUCAAAAGAUACACUCAGGUCAUUGAACUAUUGUACUUAAUAUGCAACAAUGUUUAUGAUUUGGGGAGACUGGUUCACAAGUGGAGUACAAUCUGUAGAUACGCAAAAUCUCCUUGAUUCUGUAAUUAUAACAAAUAAGAGUAUCAUAAGGAGAAUUCGCAUACCUCCUUACGAAGUAUACAAAACUCAUUGGCGCAAUGAUCCCGAAAUACGGAGACAUUAUUGGGCAGCAUCUUUUCUUCUACCUGUCGGAACAAUUUUCGUUCUUGCUUUGAUAGUUAUUUUGAUGGUUUUGUUCAAAAGAUGUCCACAAAUGGUUGCCGUGAUUGUCGCAGCGAUUCUUGGCGUUAUUAUUGUAUUUACGACGGUGAUAUCAAUUAGUCAUGCACCGAUUUAUGCUUGACAAUCUCUAAUACUAUUGUUCCAAAUAUGUGACAUAAAAUUUUAUCUUUUAUAGUAUAGAUUUUCCUAAAACAUUAUAGAUAAAGACUGGUGUAAAGAUAGUUGUAUCAUCAGCGGAGACAAUUACACACACGUCCGCACAUAUUAAAUAUUUUUAUAAUAUGUAUAUUUUUUUAUAAUAGAAAAACAAAGUAUUACUUUAUUAACCACUAAUAUAAGUAUUCUACUUACUACUAGCAA